UUCUAUAAAAGCAGUUGUCAAAGUAAGCAUUGUGGGCAUCCAAAAUAUCAUCAUUUAAUUUUUGUGUGUUUCAAUAAAGUUAACGAAAUGGAUGAUGAAGCAGAGACUUACAAGCUUUGGCGCAUUCGUAAAACUAUAAUGCAACUUAGCCACGACCGCGGAUAUCUGGUAACACAAGAUGAAUUGGAUCAAACGUUGGAGCAGUUUAAAGAAAUGUUUGGUGAUAAACCCAGCGAAAAGCGGCCAGCACGUUCCGACCUUAUAGUUUUAGUGGCGCAUAAUGAUGAUCCAACUGAUCAGAUGUUUGUUUUUUUCCCGGAUGAACCGAAAAUUGGCAUAAAAACUAUCAAAACAUAUUGCACGAGAAUGCAAGAGGAGAAUAUACAUCGCGCGAUCGUAGUGGUGCAAGCAGGCAUGACACCGUCGGCCAAACAAUCUUUGGUUGAUAUGGCGCCGAAGUAUAUUCUAGAACAAUUUCUUGAAUCGGAACUUCUAAUCAAUAUUACAGAACAUGAACUGGUUCCUGAACAUGUUGUAAUGACACCAGAAGAAAAGCAAGAGUUACUAGCACGUUAUAAACUGAAAGAGAAUAUGUUAAUGCGGAUUCAAGCGGGAGAUCCGGUUGCGCGUUACUUUGGUCUCAAACGAGGACAGGUGGUUAAAAUUAUACGUUCGUCGGAAACAGCUGGUCGUUAUAUAUCUUACCGACUUGUUUGUUAAAAUUAAGUUUUGGGUUAAGAUGUAGAAUAAAAAAUCAUUUUGAUAAUGUA